AUGGUGGUUAUCAUUGGUUUAAGAACACAACCGUGGAACAAUUUAACACGCACACUCGAAUAUUUAUGUAGUAAAGAAGAGCGAACAUGGAAAAGCAGAAAAUUUAAUCAAAUGCGACUAGACGAAGUUAGUUGUACGCAACGUAAUCAUGUUGUUUUUUGGUUACGAAAAGUUGCUGUAUCAAUGAAUUUUGGAGCAGAUACAUUUGCAUUAAGUGUCGAUUUAUUAGAUCGAUUUCUAGCAACAUUAAAGGUUCGUCCAAAAUUUUUGGAAUGUGUCGCCGUCGGUUGUUUGUAUAUAGCUGCUAAAAUAAAAGAAGAAGAUGAUAUGAUUCCAAUAACACCUGAAUUUGUGAUUGAUUGCAAUUCAUCUUGCUCAGCAAAUGAAUUAUUAAGAAUGGAGCGUUUAAUACUGGAAAAGUUUGAAUGGUACGCUGAUUAUGUUACAUGUGUAGAUUUUAUGCAAAUUUAUUUUGCAUUGUUAUUACAAGUUGUAUGGGAGGAAAAUUUUACAAAUGAGCAUAUGAUUGAAAAAUAUAAAGAGUUAGAAAUAAAAUUAUCGAGUUGUCUUCAGUAUCAUCGUCUUGCAAGUUUUAAACCACGUGUAUUAGCUUUAGCUUUGAUUAGUAUUGAACUUGAACAGCAACAACAACAAACAAAUAUCGAUUGGUUAGCUUGCAUUAGUUACUUACAAAGACUUGCUAAGGUUGAAAGUGAGUCAUUAUUACAAUGCCGUGAAUUGGUUGUUCGAGUACUAGUUUACAAAGUUGUACGAUUAGAAUCAAGUGAUUUAGCGUUUAUCUCACGUGCUGCUGCUGUUAUUAAUGAUUAUAAUUUGUUAAAUACACUCCUGAUGAAAUCAAAUGUUGUUAGUGGUGGUGAUAACAUAUGUGAUCGUCGUCCAACCUAUGCUGAUGUUGUAUCUGGUCGUGUUCAAACAUCAACAUCUCCCAUUAUAUCGUGUGCAACACAAUUGCAAAAUGAAGAUCAAAAAAUUAUCACAACACAAUCAUGUACAGUACAAACAAACCUUUAUAUCAAAACACAUUAA